AUGGCAAAUUCAAAAUUUGAGUAUGUCCGGGAGUUUGAACAGCCAGACUCCCUACUGCGAAACACAUGGAUCGUGGUUCGUGUGGAUGGCAGAGCUUUCACCAAGAUGUGUGCAAGAUAUGGAUUCGAGAAGCCGAAUGACCGCAGAGCGCUCGAUGUCAUGAACGCAGCUGCCAAAGCUGUUGUCGCCGACCUUCCAGAAGUUACAAUUGCGUAUGGUGUCAGCGACGAGUACAGUAAACUUGUCAGCACCAUUGUGUCAACUUUCACAGCAAAUUAUGUCCACUGUUGGUCAACGUACUUCCCGGACACACCACUGUCAUUCCCCUUGCCUACAUUUGAUGGGCGCGCAGUUUGCUACCCAACCGUUCAAAAUCUGCGAGACUACAUGAGUUGGCGCCAGGCGGACUUUCAGCUUGGUGGGUUGGACAAUAAGGAAGCGGAGAAGACACUUGCGGGCACACUGGCCGCUGAUAAAAAUGAAAUUCUGUUCUCUCGCUUCAACAUCAACUAUAAUAACGAGCCCGAAAUCUUUAGAAAAGGAAGCGUCGUCUUCCGCGAUUACGAACUCGUCGACCCAGCGAGCCACAACACGGCAGAUGCAGUUGAUGAAUUAGCAGAGCCUGUUCAGCAGUCCAAGACGCAGAACGAGAACGACAAGAAACGCCGAUCCAAGGCGCGAAUCGUGGUCGAGCACUUGGAUAUUAUUCGAGAUGACUUCUGGGACCGAAGACCAUGGAUCCUCUCCAACAAACCAGGCAAAGUGCCCAAGGAAACGUAA